AUGUUCCCCAAAACAGACAACGUCUAUCGGAAGUGGAUCACAGCAAUCAGGCGUGAUGAAAGUAGACUAUUUAAAGUGUCGAAGGCAACAAAAGUCUGCUCGAAGCAUUUUGUGGAAACAGACUUUGUUCGUAAUGUGGCCAGUGGCCGCAGGCUGCUCUACGAACACGCAGUUCCAUCAGUGUUCAGUUUCACCAAGCCUAGAGUCACUAGGAAGCCACCGAAGGAGAGACUUCCACCAGUCAUACACCAGGCUUUGCAAGACCUUGAAGACCCAAACCGAAACUUGGAACAAGAAUCGCAAAAUCACGAAGACCCGUUCCCUAUCCCCGAGCUGCAAGAAGUGUACAGAUUAAAAGCUCAGCUGGAGGCCGCACUUGCAAAAUGUGAAGUGCUAGAAGCAAGAAGUGUGCCUUUCGGCGUAGAGAAAUUCCGAGCCAAUGAUGAGGACAUUCAGUUUUAUACUGGGUUGCCCAAUUACCGGAGUUUCCUUAUUCUUCUAAAUUUUGUCGACGCUGGCGAAAAUGGGAGAAAUAUUCUCAUGCAACAUGGGAGGCACUCCUCUGUCUCGCAGAAGGCCGGACGGCGACGAAAGCUGUCGGCAGAAAACCAGCUGUUUCUGGUCCUCAUGAAGUUGAAGGGCGGAAUCUUCCACAAACACCUAGGCCAUCUGUUUGACAUUUCAAUGAGCACCGUGUCAAAAUUGUUCAGUGCAUGGAUGAGCUUCCUCUACCUGAACCUUACCCAGCUGGGUCUUUGGCUGCCACGGGAGGCCAUCGACACCACCAUGCCAGUUGCGUUCUUGGACAAGUAUCCGACGACGCGAGUCAUCAUAGAUGCUACGGAAGUCAGAUGCGAAGUAGCAAGUUCCUUUGUCACACAGUCGGGAACUUACUCUUACUAUAAGUCAACGAACACAUUCAAAGGUCUCGUCGGCAUUUCGCCUAAUGGCCUUGUGACAUUUGUGUCAGAGUUGUAUAUGGGAUCUGUCUCUGACAAAGAAAUUGUGAUAAAGAGUGGACUGAUCACGAUGCCUUUUGAUCAAGGGGACUCUGUCAUGGCUGACAAAGGAUUCAAGAUUGCCGACCUUCUAAAACAUCUUGGUGUCACGCUUAAUAUCCCUCCUUUUCUAAAUCGGGGCAAAUUUUCAGUUGAGGAAGUGGAGGAAACCCAGGACAUCGCAGCUUUAAGGAUCCAUGUUGAGCGACGCAUUCAAAGAAUUAAGUCGUUCCACAUCUUUGAUCGACCCAUCCCCAUCUCGCUGGCACCCCUUGCUAACCAAAUCUGGACUGUUUGUACCAUACUCACGAACAUGCAAUCACCAUUGAUUAAGGAUAACGAGUAA